GAGUAUGGUGCAGAGUUCACAAGUGAAGGUUCUGAUCGUAAGUAUGAAAUGGACAACGUCCCCGAGGCUCCACAUAGCAACGGCACAAACCAGAUUUUGAAGAAAGAGAACUGCUGUUCACAUUUUUCUCAAGUAAAUGGAUUUAACCCACCAUCAUCACCACCACCACCACCACCACCAUCUACCACUUUUCCACCUUCUACCAGUCAGGAUCACACAGCUGUAAUUCCAGAUGGGGGUUACGGCUGGGUUGUAGCCUUUGCUUCUAUGUGGUGCAAUGGAUGCAUCUUAGGGAUUCAUAAUUCUUUCAGUAUUUUGCACAUGAUGCUCAUAGAAGGCUAUGAAGAAUCCGGCGAUCAAUCUCAGUUUAAAGUAGCCUGGGUUGGGGCCCUGUCCAUGGGCAUGAUGUUCUUCUGCUCCCCUGUCGUCAGUAUUUUCACCGACCGCUUCGGUUGUCGGAAUACAGCAGUUGGUGGGGCGCUUGUGGCUUUUGCUGGACUCCUGGCCAGUUCCUUUGCAUCGUCCCUGAGUUUGUACUACUUCACCUACGGCAUCCUUUUUGGCUGUGGUUCCUCCUUCGCCUUCCAGCCCUCGUUGGUCAUUCUGGGACAUUACUUUCGCCGUCGGCUCGGCUUGGCCAGCGGGGUGGUGACCGCAGCCAGCAGCCUCUUCACCAUGGGCUUUCCUGUUCUGCUGGAAGAGGCAGUGACUCCACUCGGACUCGGCACCACCUUCCAGGUCCUCAGCAUCUUCUUGCUCAUACAGGUGCCGCUGUCUCUCACCUUCCGCCCGCUGCCUUCCGCCGGGCCUCAUCGUCGAGCCCAACCUGCCUCGUCUUCCCCAGAGGGCAAUGCCCCAAGUCCUCCAAUCCCUGGCCCUGAUCUGCAGGGUGGGGCUGGAUUGAGAAAAUACUUCAAUUUGAAGGUGUUUGGUGUCACCACUUACAGGCAGUGGCUGUUUGGAGUAGCUGUGGCGACACUGGGAUACUUUGUGCCAGUUGUUCAUCUGAUUAGCUUUGCAGAAGAAAAAUUUAAAGGAACUCAGAAGGUAUGGAUUCUACUGAUCUAUGUCGGUGGCUCGUCUUGCGUGGGGCGUCUCAUCUUCGGUAAAGCGAUAGACCUCAUAGGUGGAGUGAAGAAGCUCUUUCUUCAGGCUGCCUCUUUUGUGGUGAUGGGAGUGGUACUUGCCACCUUCCCCCUGUGUCGAACCUUUGAAGCCUUGGUGGCGGCAUGCUUGUUGCAAGGCUUGUGUGAUGGCUGCUUCCUCAGCUGCAUGGCCCCGAUCGUCUUCGAGUUGGUGGAUCAGCGGAUGGCGUCCCAGGCCAUCGGCUAUCUGCUGGGUUUCCUAGCACUCCCCAUGAUCGUGGGGCCGCCGAUUGCAGGGCUCCUGCAUGACCACUUUGGCAACUACGAUGUGGCAUUCCACCUGACAGGAGUACCUAUCGUAGUUGGGGGUCUGCAGCUCUUUUUGGUUCCCUUCAUCCACUGGCGGGCACAGGGCUACGAGCCUGAACACGGCACCAGCUCAGAACCUGUUCCAACCCUCUCUGCAAACAUUGCUGACAGAUCAUUUGUACAGCUGGACAUUUUUUUUUUACUGGAGAAAUUUAGGGUAAGUACCUUGCUCAAGGGUAAUACAGGAGGAGCCAAGACUUGAACCUACAAUAUCAGGGUUCAAGGGCAGCUGCAGUAACCACUACACUACCAGUUAUCCCUACUGUCAUGAUCUUUAAAGGGACCCUGAUACUGCACUACUGAUAAACUUUAUUUUUCUUAAUAGAACUCUGGACAUUAUUAACGCAGAAAUGUAUCAACAGCUGAGCACAUUUCUACUAUAUUUAAUUUUUUUUUUUAAACCAGUUUUUCUUUCAAGCUUCUUCCUGCUUAUAAUAUUACAAAAAACUUUGGAGGUGCUCCAUUUCCCCAGUUAACACUCUCCAGCUCACAGAAACACAACACACCCCAGUUAUAACCCAGCAUUUCUUUAUGCCCACCAGCAUUUCCUUGGAUGUAGAACGAGAGAAACCGAAGAUGUGGAGUUACACGGCAAUAUAUUACAUUCACCAUAAUGUUAAAAUGAAUCACAGCUUAGAAACCAAUGUAAUGUCCCUUUCCUUCAGAAUUUUCUGUAUUUUUAAUAUUUUGGACACAAAGUAACUGAAUGCGUUUGUCUGUUUCAUUGACUUUGUGUACACAUCAGUAUCAGUCACAGAGUCUGCAGUCUUUUUUGCGAGGUGGACUGUGCAUCCGAAGGCCCUCUGGCGCCACAGCGCCACUCCGUCGAGCACUCGGUACCCAGCGGCCCUCCUAAAACUGUACAUAGAGUGACUGUUGACUGUAUGUACUUUUGUUUUGUGAGGGUCUUUUGUUGUACAUGCAGGAAGCAUAA